AUGAUGAUCUCCAUUGACGGGGUAGAGAUCCCUAUCGCGGAUCACCUCAAAUACCUGGGAGUGAUCGUUGAUAGUCGGUGGUCUUUUGUUAAACACUUUCAAAUGAUCGGAGAAAGACUCACUAAGACGGUGAAUAAAUUGAGUCGCAUACUACCAAAUAUUGGUGGACCGAGCUCCUUAGUAAGAAGAUUACACUCUACGGUCGUCGAUUCGAUCGCGCUAUAUGCGGCACCAACAUGGAUCAACCAAGUGGAGCGUAAUAAGACCAUUCUACGGAUUCUAGAUAGAGUACAGAGACGCAUCGCAUGCCGAGUUAUCAGAGGCUACAGAACUGUCAGCCUGUAUACAGCUACGUUACUGGCCGGCAGUACUCCCUUCAUCAUUAGAGCCGCAAUGUACACGGAAGUGUAUGAAGAUGUGAAAGAUCUGCGUGCAGGUGGAAUGAAGGAGAUUCCUCCAAAUAUUAUGAACAAGGUACGACUCAAGGCCAAAAGAAACAUGCUUCGGGCAUGGAAAGACUGGACAAAUCGACCAGGACACGCUGGAGGCCAAGUUGGUCAGGCAAUAAGACCGGUAUUAGGACAAUGGAUGAAUGAGAAGAUUGGCCUAUCAUAUCAUGCCACACAACUUCUCACAGGUCAUGGCUGCUUUGGCCAAUACUUGUACAGAAUCAGGAAGGAAACAUCUAGCGCUUGCUGGUUCUGUCCAGAUCGACUAGACAGCGCGGAUCACACUCUUUGUGAAUGCCCUGCGUGGGAUCGAGAAAGAGCAGAACUUAAGGCCAUAGUCGGAAACGAUCUGUCCAUACCGACCUUGAUAAUGGCCCUCCUCGAAAAGGAGAAAAGAUCGGCUUUUCUCUGCUUUGGUGACAAAGUCAUGUCUGUAAAGGAAGAGAAAGAGAGAGAGAGCGCAAUCAAAUGA